AUGGGGGAGCUUCCGGGGGCCUCUGGAUCUGCUGUGAACCCCCUCACAAUCUGGGCCACACAAGACGAAGGCGGCGCAGCAGGAUGCGAGGACAUAUCAAUAGAGAGUGACAUUGACAUGCAAGGGUCGUCGCCGCAUAGACGUCAAUCAAUUAACUCCGAUGCUGCUGUGUUUCCCGACUUUGAUGGGGCUCCUGAUCUCAAUGAUUGCAAUGAGCUCCCUCAUGAGCUUGACGAUAUUAAAGUCAAGUACCAUCCACACAGCAAACUUCCCACCACUGUACAUCACUUUUCCGACUUUUCCCACAGCUGCUCUUCAGAGGACCAGGUACCUCGUAACAACUCACCAUGGGAACCCUUCAGGACGCGACUGGACUUCGAAGUUGCAGAGAUCGCGCUCGAAGCUGCGAUGACUAAGGAGCAGACAAACCGGCUGCUUGAUCUUGUGCAUCGAUCCGCCGGUGGCAAGGACACAUUUACGUUGCAAAGUCACGAUGAGGUUCGCUCGCUGUGGGAAAUGGCUUCGCAGCGGUAUACACCGUUUCAAAAGGAUGUAGUAUCUGUUAAACACCAGGACGAAACACACAAGUUUGACAUGCACUACCGCCCUCUCUGGGACUGGGCGCUUGAUUUACUGCGAGACAGUCGUCUCGCACCUCACUUUGUAUUUGAUGCUCAACGUCUUUCCAAAUUCAACAGAGAACGGUUUGUUCGCUUCAUCGAUGAACCAUGGACUGCCGAUGCCUUCUGGACUGCACAAUCUCAACUCCCGCUGGACGCAAAGCCGCUGGUGUUUAUUCUGUAUGCCGACAAAAAUAAACUAUCUUCUUUUGGGUCUGCAAAAGGCUAUCCAAUCAUCGCCCGCAUCGCAAACCUGCCCGUUCACAUUCACAAUGGUAAUACAGCCCUAGGUGGAGGUCGUGUAGUUGGUUGGUUGCCAAUUGUUGCUGAGGAUCAAAAACAUACAAAAAAGAAGAGCUUCGUAGACUUCAAAAAUGCGGUGUGGCACACUUCCUUUUACCAGCUUCUCCAGUCAAUCGAGCUGCAUUCGAAAACCAGCUACUGGUUCAAAUGCGGGGAUCAGAUUCAACGCCGUAUCUGGCCCUUAAUACUGAUCUUGAGUGGAGAUUACGAAGAACAGCUUACCUUAGUUACCUACCGGAGAUGUGCCAUGGCGUUGAUUCGGGGCGUGAAAGGGAAAUUCCCUUGUCCAGUCUGUCUAGUGCCUCAAGAUGAGCAGUUGGUCAAUCGUGUCUUUGCAUUGCGCACGAGUCGCAAUUCCCAACAGGUCCUUUGCACCGCAAGAGGAAGGCGUACGGCACAGGAAAAGGAGGAAGACCUAAAGGCUUAUUCCCUCCGAAAUGUAGAGAAUGUAUUUUGGAAGAUAUUUCUUGCGGAUGUUCAUCGAGCACUUUCUGUUGACCGCCUGCAUAUGAACCAUGAAGGAUUAUGGGAGGACCAUCUGUGGAAGGACUUUCUCUUCUGGAUUUCUGAGCUUGGACAGGAAGCUGCUACCAAACUCGAUGCAAACUUUGAUGAGCUUCCACGGUGGCCGAAUUUGACACACUUUAAGGCUGCCAUGUCAGUUGAUUUCAAUGAUGGAUCACUUCAUGAGGACAUAUCAAAGCUUGUUCUCUUCACGGCACAGGACAUCUUCCAUCAAUCGCAGUCUAAGCUAGGAUACUUGCUUCUACGCUGUAUCCGCUACUAUAUCGAGCUUGAUAUCUACGCUUCGUUCGAAGUUCAUACCGAGGAGACUAUUGCGGCUGGAAGAGCAACCCUGGAUAUGUUCUCUGAAUUGAUGGAGGAAUAUAUCACCAAGUUGCAGCCCAAAACGAACAAGAACUGGAACUUCCCGAAGAAGCAUAUGAUCACGCACAUAUUCGAUGAUAUUCUAGCUAAAGGCGCAACACGCAACUACAACACCAAGCCGAAUGAGAAGAUGCAUGGUGCGUUGCGGAAAAUUUACCUUCGACGGACAAACUUCAAAGAUGUUGCUCCUCAGAUCUUGCGUUAUGACCAUUGGCUUCUGACGUCGACAUCGAUGCGCACCGAGCUCGACAACUACAGUCGAAAGGCUACCGACGACCCAGAGACAAACGAACCUCUGGAUAUUGAACCAGUCGCAGAUCCCGUCGUCCAUGUGCACUUAGGUUCGAAGCAAGGGAAACAUUCAUUUCAAGAUAUUAUGUGCACACAUGGAGCCGACAGAGCCUUUACUAACUUUCGGACAAAGUUCAAUGGCUUCCUGAAUGUGUUCCUACUGCAGAAUGGCAUUCCCUUGCCGGAUGGUCCAGGAAGGGCCCUUCAUCUCCGAGCCGAGGAUGAGAUUACAGAGUAG